AAAGAUAGAAACAAGAUAAUAUUUUUGCAAAAUCUGGAAAAAAACGAAAGAAAACAAGAGAUGAGAGAGAGAGAGAGAGGCGGAGACAGAGAAUUAAAUUAGAGGGAUAGCAGAGAGAGAUUAUUAAGGUCAUGGCGGCGUUGCAGAGCGCAAGAAAGAUGAUUAAACCUCUCUGAUCUCUCCUUCUUCUUCUUACUUCUUUACAUCAUCUCUCUCUGUGUGUUUCUUUAAUACUCUCUCUCUCUCUCUCUCUCUCUCUCUCGUACCGACACACAAGUUUUGCUUUUUAUCAGAGUCUCAAGAAAAGCUAUUCCAACUUCAAUACAAACCCAGAGAAUGAAUUCAACCUAAAAAAAACCCUAGUAAUCCUCUCUAAGAUCUAGAUUGAGCAAGUAAGAGAGAGUAGAAGCUAGAAAAAAACAAAAAAGAGAUAGGAUCUUUGGUUUUUGGGUUUUGUUUCAUUUUCUUGAUUGGAGAGUGGGAGUGGUGGUUAUGGGUGGUGGUUGUGAGGGUGAAUGGCGGGUUUUUUCUCGCUAGACGGUGGUGGAGGAGGAGGCGGAGGAAACAACCAAGAAGAUCACCGUAGCAACACUAACCCUCCUCCGCCUGUAUCAGAGGCUUGGCUCUGGUAUAGAAACCCUAACGCUAACGCUAACGCUAACGCAAACGCGAACGCUCCUUCUUCUUCAAACGGUGCUGCUUUGGGAACACUUGAGCUAUGGCAAAACCACAAUCAACAAGAGAUCAUGUUUCAGCAUCAGCAGCAACAUCAGCAAAGGUUGGAUCUCUACUCUUCUGCCGCAGGCUUAGGGGUUGGGCCUAGUAAUCAUAGCCAAUUCGAUAUCUCCGGCGAAACUUCAACCGCCGGUGCCGGAAGAGCUGCGGGGUUGAUGAUGAUUCGUAGUGGAGGAGGAGGAGGAGGAGGAAAUGGUGGUGUGAGCUGUCAGGACUGUGGGAAUCAAGCAAAGAAAGAUUGUGCUCACAUGAGGUGUAGAACUUGUUGCAAGAGCCGAGGCUUCGAGUGUCCUACUCACGUGAGGAGCACGUGGGUUCCUGCUGCCAAACGCCGUGAGAGACAACAGCAACUAGCUACGGUUCAGCCUCAAACGCAGCUGCCUCGCGGUGAGAGCGUUCCCAAACGCCACCGUGAGAAUUUCCCGGCAACUUCUUCCUCUCUUGUCUGCACUCGCAUACCUUCUCAGUCAGGGCUAGAAGUUGGGAAUUUCCCGGCGGAGGUGAGUUCACCGGCAGUGUUUAGAUGCGUGCGUGUGAGCUCAGUAGAAGAUGGAGAAGAAGAGUUUGCUUACCAAACAGCUGUAAGCAUUGGUGGUCAUAUUUUCAAAGGCAUUCUCUACGACCACGGUCCUGGAAGUAGUGGUGGUGGAGGCUACAACGUUGUCGCCGCCGGUGAGAGCUCAUCCGGUGGUGGUGGAGGUCAGCAGCUGAAUCUCAUAACAGCUGGCUCUGUGACGGUUGCUACCGCUUCAUCCUCUACUCCAAACCUCGGUGGUGGCAUUGGCAGCACAUCUGCGGCUGCAGUCACGUACAUUGAUCCAGCCGCUCUCUAUCCAACUCCGAUCAACACAUUCAUGGCCGGUACACAAUUCUUUCCCCACCCAAGAUCAUGAUGAUGAGAAUCUGACAUAAAGCAACAUAACUCUUUUGAAUUCUUAGAAUAGAAUUAGGGUUUAUAAACGUUAAUUGUCGGAUCAUGUUAUAUAAAAAAAAAGGUUUGCAAGAAGUGGGGAAAGUGGUCUGUUUAUGCUUCUUCUUCUAGACUCUCAAAAAGUUGUUGCAAUUUUUGGGUUUUAAAUGGAAAUUCAAUUCAAAUAAUAUA